UGAAACACGCACGGAAAACUGAACUUACAUUCAGUUCUAUGUCUUCAGUGCGAGAAGUAUUAUCAAAUCUUACAAAUUGAGUCUCGAGGAUUUCGGUUGAAUCAUUUCGAUGGAGCCGCCGAAGCGUAAAGCUCAUCAGAACGCGACUAUAACAAAUCUUCUGCGUUCCACUAACGCCAAGGCAAAGCCAGCUAAAAUAAUUAAAACUAGUUCAGCGUACACACAAACUGAACCGAUCAGUGCACUUAAUGCCGAUGAUGGUGUGCAAACGAGGAUAUCAGCAAGGCCAGCGUCGAGGGUAGCUCAGCUGCAGCAGCAGAAGAAGUCGGAGCUGCAUGAGGAAGCGGCUGCUCCGGAGCUGCAGAAACGGGGUACUAAAAACAAGGCGUGUCAGACUCAAAAGAUCGGAUUGAAGCGUGGUAAGUGCGACUCGCCCUUGGAUGCCCUCAAGUCCACAGUGCUAAAGCGGCGCAAGAUGGCCAUCGAUGCGGAUCGAGUGCGACUGAAGAAGUUGCUCGACGAAAUCAAUAGCGAUCCGCCGCCCAGCUGGCACACUGCCUCCCUCAUGUGGCUGGAUGUAGAUGUCCUGGAGAGACGCAUUGAGGAGUUCGAGAAAGAGGAAGAAGCCAAAAAAAAUACAGCAACGUAAAUGACGAC